CAAUGAACUCAGAGAAUAUUUGUCUAAUUAUACAAUUCUUAGAUUUAUCCCAUCAGAUUAUGUAUUAAACAAGUUUAAAGAUGGUGGAAUUGCAAUUAUUGAUCAAAUAAUUUGUUCUUAUGCUAGAUAUUUUAUAGGAACAUAUGAAUCAACAUUUACAUUUAGAAUACAAGAAGAUAGAGAAAUCAUUGGUUUUCCUACUAAAACAACAUUUAAUUACUUAUGUAAAACUAAGGAGAAAUGUAACUCUAAUGGGCAAUGGGAAAUUGUUUGUGAUAAAAAUGGCAAAUGACUUAAUAAUAAAAGGUAAAGAUAGAUUACAAGAAAUUAGCAUGAAAUUAGAACAGAGCCAUUUAGUUUAUCUACAAACAGAUGACAGUCCAUUAAAAUUACAACAACGUCAUAAACUUGAAGGUUUUAUUAAAGAAUAUCUUUGUUUUGUCCCAAAUGAAAAUAAAUAUAUAUUUCAAGAAACUGCAGAUAUAUUGCACAGAUCAGCAGCUACAUUACAAGAUUUUAGUGGAUAUAGAGCUGCAACUGCCUGGAGUGCUAUUUCUUUAUAUGCUGCUAAUCUUUUAGCACAACCUUGGAGAAGAGAAUAUAGAACAUUAAGAACUUAUAGUGGAUAUUAUAAACAUGAAGUAGAAGCAAAUUUAAUAGGAGCAGAAUUAAUGUUUGAACAAAUGGGAUAUAAACAUACAGGAUUGGGAAUACUCACUUUGGAAGGUCCUAUUGAUCCUGAUAAAGUAUCCAGUGUAAGCAGAGAUGCAAUAGUUGCUUUUGUUGAAUGUCAGAUUUUGAAACAAAUAUGGGAAAAUGUUUCACAAAAUUAUGGUAUCUCGUGGUUAGAAGUCUUAGAAUUUCGAGAAAACCAUGUUGGUACACCAGAACAAGCAAUUAGAGCAUUAAAUUUCCGUUUCCUUGAGAAAAUGCAUCAAAAUCGGACGAAGACGGAAAAUUAUAGGGAUUAUCAUUAUCCGCAAAAUACAUGUAUAGAUGCAUCGCCAUGUAUACCUUAUCAUAUUAUGCCUCCUAGUUAUAACAUACCAAUGCCUACUUGUCAGUCAGAUUAUAGAUAUAUCGAAAAUACAAAUUCAAUACCAGGAACAUACAAAUAUUUUCAAUCAGUGGAUCAUGGUUUUGGAAAUCGUUGUAGUGCCUAUGGUUGUUUACCACAUGGUAAUAAAUAUUUAACUGGAGUCAAUCCUUAUUAUACCACAAUGCCAGGAUAUACAAGAGUACCAACAGGUAGAUUAAUUGAACUUGAUAUGCCUGUUUCUGUUGCAAAUUAUGAUAAACUCCACAAUCGGAAAAUGCCCCACCGAAUAUCAAAUUUGGAAGAAAUAGAUUUUUAUAGAAGACAAUCUAAUGAUGGAGAUCAUUAUGAUUGCGGGAGAAUUGAUAAAAAGUCUGCAAAAUCAAGCAAUGAAAAAAACAAUUGUGAUUCUUGGGACUUUGUAUACAGAAAUUUAGAAAGUUUAGGCUAUUCUAAAGAUCUUGGUGAUCGAGAAGAUAUUUUACACAAACGAGAAUUUGAUUCUCGAUUGAAUAAACAAAAAUCAUUUAAACAAAACGAUAGGGAUGAAAUACAUAGUAUACAUCGUUUUGAAAAAAGAAAAAGUGGAAGAACUGAUAUGAAUGAAAUUGAUUCGUCUAUAACAAAUGGUCGACAUCAUCAUCAUGAUACAUUACCUUUUAAAAAAAAAUCUUCUUCUUUUGAUUUAAUGGAUUCUAAUAGAUAUCAGGAUAUAUCUUCAGAAAGUCAUUUAUCUUCAUAUAAUAAAGAAAAAAAACAUGGUAGUCAAACACUUCCAAUUCAACGUUCUCAUCGAUCAGUAGAUCAAAUUGUAAAAAUUGCAGACACAUUAAAAAAUUUAGAACUUUCUCAAACAGAAACAGAAAAUGAGAUAAAAAAUGGAAGUAUGAAUUGGAAUUGUGCUACUUGCACAUAUCUCAAUUCUUCAUCAAAAGAGAUUUGCGAGAUGUGUGGAAAAUCUAGGCAUAAAGGAAAUGAAGAUAAGCCAUUAGCAAGUGGCGGAAAAGAAUGUCCACGAUGUACGUUAGUAAAUGAAAAAAAUGUGUCAAUCUGUGAUGCUUGUGGUAUCAGUUUAAAAGAUUCACCUACUUAUAUUUAGAUAUUUAACUAUUUGAAAUUAUUACAUUAUUUUUUAUACAGUCAACGACAUUUGAUUAAAUAGUGAAAAUAUUUUUUUAAUAUUAUUUAU